ACCAGAUGUCCUGGUAAUCGAAAAAUCGACACGUAUUCACAUAUCGAAAGUGAUCACAAUAACUACAUCGAGUAUAUAAUCUUUGACUCUACCAUACAAAAUGUUCACGCCGAGUGAGUGUAACAGUCGAUUUAUAGAAAUAUAUAGUUUGUAGCGAUACGGAUUCGUGACUAAGUGUUGGGGUUUUUUUUCAUAUCAAGACACAACCCCUGUAAAAUUUGAAGUGUGUUAUCAAACACCCAAACACAGAACACAUUCCACAUCCAAAGUUGUCAAUCUGUUAAAUUCUAAACUAUACGCAAAUAUAUACAUGGCGGAAUCAGCGGUGUCACCGGGAAUAUUAACCCAUAUAUUUCUGGAAAUAAUACACAGUCCACUGAAUAUUGUCCUCGUAGCUUUAAUAGUGUUUUUAGUGUAUAAAAUAUUCAAAAGUCGCAAUAGUAGUGCUCCCAUUACGUCAGCGGCCUCAUCAUUACCCAAACUUAAGAAAAGGGACUUUACCGUAGAAGAGUUAAAAAAAUACGAUGGUAAUCAAGAGGACGGCAGAGUUUUGGUUGCUGUAAAUGGAAAUGUGUACGACGUUACGAAAGGGAAACGAUUUUAUGGUCCAGGUGGUCCGUAUGCAGCAUUCGGAGGUAAAGAUGCUUCUAGAGGGCUGGCAACUUUUAAUGUCGCAGCUGCUGGUGAAGGAUAUGACGAUUUGAGUGAUUUAAGCACUAUGGAAAUGGAUUCGAUUAGAGAAUGGGAGUCACAAUUCAAAGAAAAAUAUGACUUUGUUGGGAGGUUGCUGAAACCGGGAGAACAACCAACAAACUAUUCCGAUGAGGAGGACGAAUCGACAAGUACAGGAGAUAAAGUUGAAAAGGGAGAAAAAGAGGAGAAGCCAGAAAAAGAGAAAAAAGUAGAAUAAAAUACUCUACCAAUUUUCUCUGUAAAAGGCUGACAUGGUUCAAAGACUAUUUAUAUGUGUAAAAUUAUAAAAUAAUUCAAGAAAACAAAAAACUAAAAUAUAAUUUUAUUUUUCUUUGUAUAGCGCUAAUAAUUGAUUAAAUAUCUUUAUCUACAUACAAUUAAAAUUUCUGUUGCUGAGAACUCUAGUAUAUAUUACAAUCUCUUUGAUACGGAUAAGUGUGUUAAAUGCCAUGGAAAUACGAGGUGCGUCCAAUAUAUUUUACUAUAGUUUCCCAUUUUCCUUAAACGAACAGUCAACUUUAUGUUCAAGAAAUAUUUUCGAAAUAAAACUCAAAAGUAAACGCGCCUCGUUAUUCCCUGAAAUUUUAUUUCAUAUUUGUCGACGAGUAUGACUUUGAUCUAUCCGAAUGGUUGUUCCCAAUUGAAAGUGGAAUUGUCGCCAUGUAUACUUGCACUAAAUGGCAGCCACAACUCUGAACGAGUGUUUAUUCCACAAUUCUAAUCCUUGGAGUGCACGAGACCCCGGCAGGGCCACGGGAGCGCCAUCUAUUGACCAGUCAAGGCGUCGGCAAUGUUAUUGAUGCGUUUCGAGGAGAUAAGAUAUACCGGAGCAUUGCUAAUGAUUAUUGUGUAAUGAAGUAUGGCUGUAUUGAGGGGAUAUAGUGAGAAAUUGACCCAUCGGAGAGUGCUUGUGACCCUUUUAAACUACAGUAAGAAGAUUAGGACCAGUGACUGAAUUAGACGUUUUCCGCAUGUAAUUUACGACCAAAGAGGCUAUGAUGAAUUAAAAGAGUUUAGAAGCUCACAAUUUCCUCCUUGUGUGGAGGUGCUGCCAGAGGAACGUUUCCUCUUGUUCGUCUGGAAUCAGGAUUUAACUUUUUUAUCAUAUUUUGUCUUAAUUUCCGAAUGAAUAAUUCUUGGUUUCAAUUUUCUUAAAUCAUUUUAUUUGUGUCACUAUACAUUUCCAUUCGAUGAAACAAUAUACAACUGAAUAACGUUUCUUUCUCUCCACUUGAUUUCAAUUUCUCGACUGCAAAAAAAAUUCUCUAUUAUAUUGGUCCUUGUUUUCAUCAAUCUAGGCUUUUGAAAAGACUAAAAAACUUCACGCGUCCCGCAACUCUUUUUGUCUGAUAUAAUGUAUUUAUCUGUCUUAUGAAUACAGUUCACUACUUGAGCAGUUAACCAUCUUUCAGUAAUUCCUUAGAAGAAUUGAUAGACGAUGGUAUGAUGUUAUAAUCACCCUGGUUUGUUUACGAAAAACGCAUCAACAUUAUGGCCGACGGCCAGUUCUCGUAUCUGACCGCUAGAUGGCGUUAGCGUCACAGGGGCAAAAAAUGCAACCCGCAUAGCUGGUGACUCCCAAGAAUUAGAUCGAAACCGGUCGACGGACUUUUAUUUUCUGCUUGCAAUUGCGAACUAUCACAGAUGUUUGUUACAGUUAAAACGCAUUUUUCGUUAGAACUCGUUUUUAAUAGUUAAAACUAGUUUUUGCUUAAUAAAUUUGUUAAAACUAGAAAUACCAAUGAUAUAUUUGAAUUUCAGAUAAAGUUAGUUGCACACCGAGUUUUAGUUGGAACUAGUAUUACAAAAUUAAUUUGGGAUUGAAAAUAAGAUUUAUUGAAAAGAUCUAAGACACAUAAAAACCAAAAAAUAAUCUAACACUAAAGCAACAUUUUAGGGAACGUCAACUCAAAUUAGUUGCCAAGAUGACAAUAUUAAUUAUAACUAGGUAAAUAAAAUAAUCAAAAAAAUCAACAGAACAAAACCAUAAAAUUUCAAAAAAAAAACAUUAACACACAAUAAAAUCUAAUCAGUCAAACUUAAAAAACGCAUGAAGGAUGAAAGAUAACCACUUUUCUUGCAGAGACACGUUUUUGUCAUACAUCCUUUCUUGCACACGCAGCUCAUAAAUACUUUGGCUGUUCCUAUGGCUGCUUCCUUAGCAACAGUUCUCAAAGGUAAAUUUACCUAGUUGGAACAAAGGGAUUUCUUCCAUAUUUCGUUUCUAUCUUGUGAAAACCCUGAUUAUCCUUUUCUGUUGUGUUGAAGAGACCGCAGCGUUUUGCACGUAAGGUUUCUCUUCCUAGUACAUCCUUCUCCGUGGGACAGAGCAGCAUCCACUCAAAAACGAUAUUCCCAAGAAAUCCUUCAGCUCAGCUUCGGAAAAUUGAUAAAUUGAUUUCUCUUUUUGAACCAACCGCAUAUAUCGCCGAUUGCUUCUCGAUUUAUUACAGGAUUACAGAUUACAGAUUGUUGAAAAAUAACUCGCAAGAUUUCCAGCUGAGUCAGCGGUGUGCUCGCAUGAGUUACAUUAUCACCCAAUUCUACUGGAACUUGGCCUGUUUAGUUGUGCAGUUUCUUAGGAUGCAAUUAUUUGUCGAUUCACAUUGGUUACAAUUUCGAAAUUUUUGUCAUGUGGUGGUAAUAAGCUUUGCUAUAAACAAAGCAGGAAUUAACGAAGCAAGCGAACAACGCGCGGACGACCCUGUACUUGUCAAAUCAUAUUACGUCUCGCGACCAAUCGGAAUAAGGUACGAUGAUCAGGUGAGUGAUACAUUUUUAACUGACUCGCUUUGGAGUAACGCGUUUUGUCUAGUAACAACUAGUUUUAACUGAUAUUCGAUUUGAGCAUUAGUUAAUUCUAGUAUUAACAAAGGCGUACAUUCAAAACUAGUUCUAACUAGGAAUAACGCGUUCUAUGUAAAAACUAGUUUUAAUUGUAACAUGUCUGUAUCGACAAAAAAAGGGUCGAUCAGCGACACGAUGUUCGAAGGGGAUGUAAUACAAUAUUCGCCGCGGUAAUUAACCAAGAAAGUAGUUUUUUCCUUCGUGGAAUGGGUCAGACUUUUGUGCCUGAGCAAAACUGUUAACUUAUUAAGAAAUUUAUUGUAUUUAUUUAUCACUUUUUUUAUUGUUUAAUUGUUUUUAAAUUCAAUAGAAAUGAAUCUGUAACCAUGUGUACAUCACUUAGGAAGACCUAAGGUUAUCGAAAUUUCUUACAAAUUUGAUUAAGUGAACGUUAUAAUUCCAAAAAUUUGCAUUUUCUUGUUGAUAUAGAAAAAUUUGGUUUAAAUACGAGUUUAAUAUAGGGCUUGAAUAAACAGUAAUCGGGGACUUCUGUACAGGUUGGGUAUUAGUGUUUUUUGCGUCAAUAUACUAUCUUAUAUGUAUAUUAUUGUCUUAAUAUAAAUUUUUAUGAAAAAAAUAAAUAAACUGUCUCGAUAGUUUAAA